CAUCGCGGAGAUAUGAUUUUGACUCGUAAUUUUUUUUCUAACUCUUAGAUGAGAUCUCCGACCAACUCUUUCAAAUCAGUUCAACAGUAAUAUAUACUAUAGAAAAUAUAGAAAAUGACCAUCGAGCUUGAGGAACCACCUCUUACUCAUGAUAAUAAUCAGGUUUUUAAAGAUUUAUUUGCUGGUACUAUGGGUGGUAUUGCCCAAGUAUUGGUUGGUCAACCAUUUGAUACUGUUAAAGUUAGACUUCAAUCUGCUCCAGAAGGUACUUAUAAUGGUGCAUUAGAUGUUAUAAAAAAAUUAGUACAAAAUGAAGGUCCAAAAGCUUUUUAUAAGGGAACUUUAACUCCAUUAGUUGGAGUUGGUGCAUGUGUUUCUGUCCAAUUUUCAGUUAAUGAAUUUAUGAAAAGACAUUAUGAUAAUAAACUAAAUGGUCAACCACUUUCAUUAUUACAAUUUUUUAAUUGUGGAGCUAUUGCUGGUUUUGCCAAUGGGUUUUUAGCAUCUCCAAUUGAACAUAUUCGUAUCAGACUUCAAACUCAAACUUCAAGUACAAAAUCAUUUAAUGGACCAAUUGAUUGUUUUAAAAAACUUUAUCAACAACAAGGACUCUUUGGAGGAAUUUAUAAAGGUUUAGUUCCAACUCUUAUAAGAGAAUCGGUAGGUUUAGGUAUUUAUUUUGCUACUUAUGAAGCAUUGAUUGCUAAUGAGUUAACUAAAGAUAAAUCCAUUACUAGAGCUGAUAUUUCAAGUUUAAAAUUAUGUGCAUUUGGUGGUUUAUCUGGUUAUACUUUAUGGAUAGCUAUAUAUCCAAUUGAUGUUAUUAAAUCAAAAUUACAAACUGAUUCCUUAACUAAACCAACUUUUAAGGGAUCAUUAGAUGUUGUCAAUAAAGUAUUUAAAAGUUCAGGAAUUAAGGGUUUCUACAGAGGUUUUAUUCCAACCAUUUUAAGAGCAGCUCCUGCUAAUGGUGCUACAUUUGCUGUGUUCGAAAUAACCAUGAGAUUAUUAGGUUGAGUACACUUAGGAUCCUUCAAUUCUCACAUUCAUUUAUAUGUAUAUACAUUAGAAUCUUUAUUUAUUUAUU